AAAUACGCAACUUAAUUACGAGGCUUGUUCGAUAAAAUAAUUUAUCUUCAUUGGUGCGUGGCACUACGACCCGUGCGCACUCAAUUCGUGUUCAGAAAAUCUUAUUGCAAACAAUGUUUCCUAUUACAAUUUUACAUGUCUUAUUAUUAAUCGAAAUAAUACUGCAUUGUUCAUAUGGACAACGUGACAAAAAGUUCUUCAGGAAAGACUACAAAUAUUUAGAAGAUACGGAAAGUUUUUAUAAAAUUCAUACUAUAUCAAAGAGUUGGCAAGAUGCAAGAAAGACUUGCAAGCUUGAAGGUGCUAGUUUGUUUUAUCCUGUAGAUGAGGCAGAAUCGAACAGCGUUAUUAAAAUGUGGACAAGCGAACAGGCAUUUGAACAAGUUUUUAUUGGUAUUUCUUCAUUGUUAGUCAAGGGAGCAUUCAUAACUAUUGACGGAGUUUCAAUAUCGGAUAUAUACCAUAAGUGGUCAAAAGGCGAACCAAACAAUGCGAAUGGCAACGAAGAUUGUGUGGUAAUGCGACGGAACAACGGCGCUUUCAAUGAUUAUAAUUGUGCUGCCAAACAACGUUUCAUUUGCAAGAAAACUUUAGCUUCCUUGGAAUGGAACUCUGCUUGUAAUAUGCCAGAUACAGGUUAUACGUACUCGGAAACUUUCGGCAGAUGUUACAAAUUUCAUUUGACGCCUAAAAACUGGACUGAAGCAUAUGCUACAUGCAACGCAGAGCAAUCAUUCUUAGCGAUAAUAGAAAGUCAAGCAGAGGCAGAUUAUUUUGUUAAACUCACCCAAGAAGCACCGAAAGAUUUAGUUCGAGGGAACUACUUAAGAGGAGCUGUGUUGUUGGGAUUUCAUAACGUUGACGAAGAGGGUUGGAUUUCUAUUAAAGGGACGGCUUUGGAAGAUGUUGGCUACUCCAAAUGGGGCAACCAGCAACCCGACGGGGGCGAUAGCGAGAAAUGUGGCUCUAUGUUUUAUAACGGCAAAUUGAACGAUUUGGGUUGUCAUCACAAGUGUUUCUUCAUAUGUGAAUGUGAUAACCUUAUCGAUGUCACUUUUGAUGAGAGAUUUGCAACUUUAUAGACUAUUAUUAAAUGAAACCGACAAGUACCUAGUGAUAGUAUAUUCUAUGGGACUGAUUUUUGUUUAUUAUUAAUCUGUAAAAAAUUUCAAUUCAUGUACAUCAUAUUAUACUAUACUCUGGAGUAAUGACUAAAAAAUAUGCUCAAUCGUAUGAAAGAAAUUACUAAGGCUAAUUACGUACAAAGAUUGAAUUUGUAUACCAAGGCAUUAUAAGCAUUAUUUAGUUAAUUAUAAAUAGGUGUAGUAAUAAAAAAAGAAACAUUUUUACCUAGGAUUUUUAAAGACUUCAGCGGGGUCGACGGCCUCACUAUUUGUCAUCUGAUCAACUCGAAUAUUUGUCAGAUUUUUUUAUUAAAUGUUAAUAGGUUCUUAAUUGAAGGGAAAUUUACAAUUAAACUGGAACAUAAAUGUUAAACUACUUUGAAAUGAAUGCGUUGUCAUGGUAACACAAAAUAACAAAAUUAUUAAUGACAAUUAAAAUUAUUCAGCUUAUCAGAA